AUGACGGCGGUUGUUCAAAAAAACAGUAAACACCGAAUCUCAGUCAGUUGUUCUUCGAUUCUGAGUCCUUGAAAUGAUUUUCAGGAUUCAAAAGAUGUUAAAGACGGUAAAGUCGGGAAAGAAAAAAAUUCGAAAGAAGAUGCUAGUCUCGAUGAACGACCGGUGAGAGAAAAAGACUACACCGCUUGUUCUGAAGCCGAAAACAGUGAUUCUUGACUUUCAGUACCUCUUUCGAAUGUCUUUAUUCAGAAGUUUUCGUGGAAAAAAUGAUUUUGAACAUUUUGUCGUGUAAAGGACUAUCGAAACAACUCUCUUCUAACGAAAUCCUUCGUCUUCUCUGUUAUUAUUUUUGACAGUACCAAGAGAAAAGCUGCAAUUUUUGCAGUUCUCGGAAAACGGCUUUUCAUUUCGCAGGCAAGAAUGGUAGAGAUUGAGGCACCUGUACGCAUUUGUGGGGACACCCACGGUCAGUACGGAGAUUUGAUUCGACUUUUCCACAAGGUUCACUUCGAUUUGUAGUUUAUAAAAGUAACUGAGUACAGGGCGGGUUUCCUCCCAAGUCGAACUACCUGUUCCUUGGAGACUACGUCGAUCGAGGUCGCCAUAGUCUUGAAGUCAUUCUUCUUUUGCUCUGCUACAAAGUCCAAUCAGAGCGAUUUCCCUGUCACAUCUCGUUUUUCAGCUACGUUUCGAGAGAAACAUUUUCUUGCUGCGAGGGAACCACGAAUGCGCUCAUAUUAACUUUGCUUAUGGAUUCCGCGACGAGAUCGGACAUCGGAAACCCCGCGACGCGUGCGUUAUCUACAAUGAAUUCAAGGUUUUCAGACCGAUGACUGGCUCCAAAACCGACUUUAGGAAAUGUUCAACGUGAUGCCUCUGACGGCGAUUGUUGGCAGCAGGAUUUUGUGCAUGCACGGCGGCCUCAGUCCACGGCUCAACACUCUCGACGACCUCCGCAAAAUGCCGUCGUAAUGGAUUUUCCCUCUGACGUCUUCUAUUUUGGUUUCAGACCCACUGAAGCUGCAACAGACUCUCUCGAAAUGGACAUUUUAUGGGCAGACCCGAUGAAUGACCAGACUGGCUUUAAGGUUCGGCUCCUUCUGGCAACGGAGAAAAGCGACAAAGUGUUUGAAGCCUAGUUUACGAGGGGCAAGUGUGAGCUUCGGGCCUGACGUCGUCAGCAAAAUUUGCAAGGACUUCGACCUGGAUCUGGUUCGUUAUAUUCAUAAUUGAAGCAACUAUUGUUUGCCUCUUCGAAACUAUUUUCUUGGUUUUUCUAUAAAGCAAGUACGGAAUUAAAUCAAAGUGGUAUAGUCUGUUCAGGUUUUGAAUGUUUUAAUUCAGAUUGUUCGUGCUCAUCAAGUGGUUCAGGACGGCUUCGAAUUCUUUGCUAAUCGUAGGCUAGUUGUGCGUCUUUUAAAAGGUGAUGAGAAAAAAGUUUUAAUUUUUAGACAAUUUUCUCGGCACCGCACUACUGUGGCCAAUUUGAUAAUAGCGGAAGUAUGUGCGUAGUUAGUGAAGGUCUGGAGGUAAGCCUUUCUCUCGGAAAAAUAAACUAAACUUACGGAAAAUUCUCGAAUUAUGAUUUUUUUUUAAAUCUGCAUACCAAAACCCUUAGAAAAAAUGUUUGAUUUUCGGUCCUCAACGACCAAAAUUCAAAAAAAAUUGAAAGAAAAGACUGAUUGGAGGUUUCAUUCGAUAUAUUGCGGCCGGCGAAGAUCGAAGCACAGCUGCCACGAGGAGUGACGCCCAAGUGA